GAACGCCAGUGCGCGCUCCCGGUAUUAAACCUCUGACGCCUACAUCCGGGAACUACGACGAACUCGCUCUCCAACAUGGCGGCGUCAGGUGAGGUUUAUGAGGGUGAACGAUCUUGGUCAGUUGGGGGGAAUUGCAGAGAGUUAAUACUCGAUAAGCUGAAAAACACCAAGCCUGUAGACUGUUAAUACUUCGCACUAGAGAUUCGCGUCGUUGUCCCGCGUGUGCACGGUGGUUUGUCGGUUGUUAAGGCCCGUUAAAUACGUAACUGCUGGGAGAAGGCGAAUGAACGAAGCUACGACUUGUUCAAUCUCAGAAUUUAAAGUUCAAACGCCGGUAGAAGUCGAUAUUUCGCUGUUUAAUCGGCCCGCUCUCUACUUUUAUUGACAAUAUUUUCAUAGUUAAAUGUGUGCUGUGUUUUAGCGGUUUAAACUGCGUGCAGAGCUGGCACAUUGUAUGCCCGUAGCGGGGCUCGCCGUGGCGCUCAGAGCACAGGAGCAUCGGGCGCAAGCGCGUUUCGUGGAGGAGGGGUUGGGCCGAGCGGUCCGGGCAGCCCGAGGAGUCUCCCCACGUGUGCAGCCUCGCUCCCUGGUAUCGGUGUUUGAUGAAACGGGGCAGCUGGGCCUACUGGGUCGCAUCCUCGAUACUUCUCUGGCAGCUUCGCAACUUUAGCCGUCCCAUCCACUCGGUCAAGGCUCGUUCCGUUGAUGGCGCACUUGGAUCCUGGCACUGCGACGUGUGCUAGGCCCUAAAACCUAGCCAACUAAGCAGAGAGACCUCCCCAGUCAGCAGUCUGUUUCUAAGCCCGUAAAGGCGUAAAAACAAGCGACCUACGUAAAUAGCAAACAAACAACCCUAGGUGUUAAGCCCCACACUUAGCCGCUAGUCCUCACAGCUGUUGUUUGGUGUAGCUUUAGCAGCAGCAGAAAGUUCACAUCACGGAGAGACUGUGGUAUUGUGUCACUUUUGUUGCAGAAUACAUUGAACAGUUCUGAAUAUUCUGCUUUAGACGCUCACAUGGUUCAAAUGUACGGUGGCCGAGAACAGCCACUGCUGCAAAUACAAAAAAAUGCCCAAAAAUUAGUGACACGGGAAGUUAAUGAUAAAAAAAAAAAAACAGUGACAAUGCUAAAAAAGAAAAAGUUACUUUCUGCGAAAAUAAAAGGAUGCAAAAAAAAAGAGAAGCCACAACAGAAGUGAGCUGCUGGGGACCAAUAAUGAUGAUGCACCAGUGUCUUACGAUCCAAGCACAAAAGACGAUGGCAAAAAGAUGAGCCAAGAAGUAAGUGGAGAGGUUAUUGUUUAAUUUUGCCUAGUGUGCUUUUCAAUGUGUCAUUCGAUUAUGCCAUGUAGCGCCUGAGUCGAUAUGAAGUUGAACUGAAGCUAACACUAGACCGCCUUCCUCCCGUUCAACUUCAUAUCGACUCAGGCGUUACAUGGCCUAACCCAGGCAUGUCCAAACUAUUCCACAAAGGGCCGGUGUGGCUGCAGGUUUUUCUUCCAACCAAGCAGCAGCACACCAGACUUGAUUCAUUUCAUCAGCUGAUCUCAGUCUUCAGACAGCUGAUUGGUCAGUCUGCUGCUCUUGAUUGGUUGGAAGAAAAACCUGCAGCCAUACCGGCCCUUUGUGGAAUAGUUUGGACAUGCCUGGGUUAGGCAAAUGACACAUUGAAAAGCACAUGAAGCGAAAUUAAACAAUAACCUUUCCACCUACUUCUUGGCUCAUCUUUUCGCCAUCGUCUUCUAUGCCUAGAUCGUGAAACACCGGUGCAUCAGCAUUAUUGGUCCCCGGCAGCUCACUUCUGUUGUGGCUUUUUUUAUUUGUAUCCUUUUAUUUUCACAGUAAGUAACUUUUUAUUAUUAUUUUUGUGUCAUUAAGUUCCAUUGUGUUUUUUUUUUUUUUUUUUUUUUUUUUAUGCAGCAGGCUUCGGUUUCUUUUUCUUUGCAUCGUCAACUUCCGUUGCGACUUCUUUUUUUUAAUUCUUUUUUUAUUUGCAGCAGUAGCGGUCUUUGGCAACCGUACAAAUUAGCUGUUAAUUGUAAACAGAGACUUAGCAUUAUGCUAAACGAUAUGUUGCCUUGCAUGUGUGUAUGCCGGUUCUCUCUAACGAUGUGUGAAGAAUGUCCUGACAGUUGGGAUUUUCACAAUAAAGCUCCCGCUCAGCUUUGUUGUCCCUCUUUUUUCUGCCUCAGAAAAAAAACAAACCAGACCUGCUCUAUGUGGUGAGCUGCCUGAAUCCACUGGUAGCUGUUUGCUAUUCAAACAGACAUGAGGAAAGUUCUUCCAGGGGUGCUGACCCAUUGAUUCAAAACGAUUAAAGGUGCAUUCCUCAGAAAUGUAGCAAACAGCCCCGGGGGUUUGAUCGUUAAAUGCAUCAAACCCUGUCUGACCUGCCACACAGUGACUGUUGGACAGAGCAGCCACUCCCUGUGUGUUUACCUUCCAAUAGGAAAAUUAGUCAGUGUUUUGGUUAUCAUGCACAGAGUGCCGUCUCCAUAUCUGACUGUGCUUGACAACAUCUCAACCACAAAAACUGUUGCAGUGUUUGUCUGAAGUAGCUGUCACAUGGGUAGACACACAGUGCAAUUCUUUGAAAUGUAACAGAUUUAAUGUCUUUCUUACACUUUGCAGUAAGUUGUUGAAAUUAUUUGUUUGAUUCAAAUACAAAUCAGUGAAGCACUUCAGAAUCGCAUCGUGACUCUGCUUUUUGUGAGCUGUCCUCUGCUGUUUCUGUGGCUUUUGUUUGUUCUUAACCCAAUUCAGCUUUCUAAACAAGAAAAUUAAAUGUGUCAGAAAAAUUUGCAGAACUAUUUAAUGGAUGCUGUUAAGUUAAGUAUGUAGAAAGACUCUUGACAGACAUCCUCAGGGGUGAUGGGCGUGAUCCAACAUGUCUCUUUCAUGUCUGUGUGUUCCUGUGUUGUUCACCUCCCAUAGCUAAGAAGAAGAAUAAGAAGGGGAAGACCCUCACUCUGACCGACUUCCUGGCAGAGGACAGUGGAGGCAGCAACGCCCCCCCAAGCUACCCAACCAAGUCCACCAGCUGGGCUGAUGAGACUGAUGACCUGGAUGGUGAUGGUGAGUACACUCUGAUAUACUAACAGGAAGUCCUAAUCUUUCCAAGUAUUUAAAUCAAUACGAUUACUCUAAUUACUGAGUGUGUUAGUUGAUUCAGGAGAAAUGAAAAUGCUGUCAAACAGGUCGAGCCGUUGGCAUUCAUGGCCUGAGUCAUGUCUCUAAAGCAGUAAUGUGCAUGAAGAAAACCUGGGGGAAAACAGUUUUUGUUGUUUUCAUUUUUAAAAAAUAGGCUACUGAUCUAUUGUGUAACUAAGUGACAAUGUUGAAUUCAUAUUCAAUAUUUUUUUUAAUUUUGAUUGGUUGUUUUCGUUCCACCUGUUAUCCUUUUUGAUUCUUUCAGGCCAUGUCCACACAUUUGCCAAAACAAAUGCAUUUUUAUACGUUUUGGCCUGCCAUCCACACUAAAUCACAGGAUUGUGUCAUUUAAAACUGUGCUUUCGGAAAACUCCAGCCAAAGUGAAGAUUUUGGAAAACUGCGUUUGCGUGUGGACAUAGAUAACCAGAGUAUUAAAUUCCCAAACAUCACUGUCCGUGACAACUAAUAGAUAUAGAUAAACGUUAUAUACUCUGCGCCCUUGUUUAUGUCAGGCAGCGGAGACAUAUACAGAAUAUAUAUUUUUGUGAGGAGCAAACUCAUUUGUUCUGCACCAAAGAACCCUUUCUCCUCCUUUCUUGUGUCUUGUUGACUUUAUACUCCAAAAAAAUGCUUAAAAGCUAUUCCACCUCUUAGUCAGUCCACACGAAUGAACUACAUAGCACUUUGUUUCAUUUUUGGGGAAGUGACGACAAGAAAGGGAAGCUUGCUCUAAUUGGAUAGAAUGGAUCUAACUUUUUGGCAAAUACUACCAACUCCAGGUCUGGCAUGCUUAUAACCACAGUCAGUAGCACAUUUAUGCAGUUUUGUGUGGAUGGUAUUUUAUUUAAAAACUCUGAUGUGUGUACGUGACUUUUAGAGAGAGGGGGUUGGAUAUUUGUUUAUAAAAAUACCCGACUACAUGUGAACAAGGCCUUAGUGAGGUAGUUUCCACAAUUUGAUGGUGUUAUAUUGUUAAGUUUGCUAAUGUAUGAAGUUAAUGAUGAUGUAAAAGGCAACAAAAUGUAACAUUUCUAAACUUUAAAAAUUAAACAGUCUUAAUUAACUUCUUACCUAGAUGUUAGUUAGAUGUGAUGUACUUUCGCAUGCGUUUGUCUGACUGAUGGUGCUGAACCUGAAUUCUGGAUAUAACUCUAGCACAUUUUUUUUCUGAGAAAAACAUCAGACUACACAUCACAGCAUCACAUAUCAUGUGACGCUUUGUCAGUUCUCUUUUUAGGAAGACUCAAAAAUGCUUUGUGACAAACUGCUACUGAGGUGCUGUUUCUGAGUAGCCUCACUUGAUUUAUUUUAUGGUUGCCUAUGAAUUUUUGUUUUGACCAGCAUUAGAUUUAGUAUAUAUCACUGGUCCUGUUCAUUUCUACACUAAAGAGCAAUGACCCAAUACACAUAAGUAGAAGUGCACACAAGGGUUCACUUAUGUAUUUCCAUUGGCUCCUCUAUUGGGCCGUUCAACUUUCAAAGUUAAUUUCAGAGGAAUGGAGACGGAUCAUUUGUCUCAGUUUUUUUUUUUUGUUUUGUUUUGUUUUUUUGAUUAAGUGUGUGUGGAGUGUAUUUGCCAAUGCCUUGGUAGUUUGCAUGAAAAUUCAUGAUUAUGAAAUACUUUUUUGCCACUGGCUCUUUUUGUAGAGAACUCAGAACCCCUAGAAUGAGGUUUUCUUGUUUUUUUUCUUUCUUUUUUCUUUUUUCCUAACAGAUUACAUAACCAGUUCUUGAGUGACUAAAUUCACAUUUUGGAGGUUUGAUGCAUUUUUCCUCCCCAUUGUUUUCCAGUCUCAACCUCAUGGCACACAGAGGAGGAUAGCUACCGGGCACCACCCAUUGACCGGUCCAUCCUUCCCACAGCGCCUCGUUCAGCUCGUGAACCCAAUAUUGACCGAACCCGGCUGCCCCGGAGCCCACCAUACACGGCCUUCCUCGGCAACCUGCCCUAUGAUGUCACUGAGGACUCCAUUAAAGACUUCUUCCGCGGCUUGGCAGUAGGUUAAAUAAUAAACGCCCAUGAAACAUGGAUCAUGUAGUACAUGGCAUUUAAAGUGAAAGAUGCAAAGUUAAUCAUAACUGACACUGAAACUCCUGCAGUUUCUGUCAUGGUUUUUAUUUGAUGCAAGAGCAAGAGAUAUUGAACUUAUCUUACCAUCCAGGCUCAUCAGUUUCAUUAGUAGUUAAUCACAUUGCUAACUUCUUUUCCUGAUAUUCUUAAUCCAUGCUGAAGCUGUUUGUUUGACUACUGCAGUUAAGAUGCUGUAAGAGUUUGUUCAGUUGUACAGAACAGGACUUGCAGAUCUACACUGUGUCUAUUUUUACCCAUUGCUGUGUAACUAGGGUCCUCAUGUUGCUGAACCUGUUUUCCAGUUUCGGGGAGGCAGCAAAGUAGCACUUCUAAGACCCUAAUAGGCCAGUUUUCUUUAAAAAAAAAAAAAAGAAAACUUGCCUAACUUUAUGCAAUUUCAAGUUGCAUGAUGUAAGAGUUUUCAGAAACAGUUCAGUCCUUUGAAACAACCCAUUCAAGGGAAGAGUCUUGAAAAGCUAACAGUAACAGGCUAUCAUGGUGAUCAGUUAUCUUCAGUAGUGCCUGACAAGCUCUGACCUUUUUCCUGUUUUCAUCCAGGGGUUUAACUGAAAUCGGUUAUUAAAAUUGAUGUACCAUUUUCUCUAUCCAAAAAUCGACCUGUUUGUCAGACCUCUUAUUCUGUCUUUAUCUUCAGAUCAGUGCAGUACGUCUGCCUCGAGAGCCUAGUAACCCAGAGAGGCUGAAGGGCUUUGGCUAUGCUGAAUUCGAUGAUGUGGACUCUCUCCUGAGGGCCCUCAGUCUCAAUGAGGAGGUGAGAAUAUAACCAAACUUUAGUUUUAUCAUUCGUCAUUUCAUUUACUUCCCGGCACUGAACUAACAUACAAAUGUAGGACUUAAAGGGAUAUUCCGGUGUAAAAUUAAUUUAAGACACACCGUAACACUGAGUUAGACACCCUGUCGAGAGAUGAAUGUUGGGUGCUGUUCUGAGCAUUAUUUGUGGCUAUGGAGUGGCUUUGUGGUUGAGGUUUGUUUAUGGCUCCUCAGACCGCUGUGUAUUGCUAUCUUGCGGUCGUUACUAAAGUUGGUAACACUAGAGAAGCAAGCGGUCGGCAACAUUCAUCUCCCGAGGGGGGGUGUCUAACUCAGUGUUGCGGUAUGUUUGACCCUAAAUUAAUUUUACGCCGGAAUGUCUCUUUUUACUUUUGAGUGUUUUAGGUUGGUUUUACAUAAUAAGCUCUGUACUUGUAUCGAUUUCUCUCAUAACCACUCUGUGUUCUUAAAAACAGAACCUUGGGAACCGAAGGAUCCGUGUGGACAUUGCAGACCAGUCUAAUGAUAAAGGUACAUGCAUUAUUGAUUUCACCCAGGAGCUGAAGUGCAUUUGCAAGUAUCCUCAAUAUUUUUUAACUGAAAAAUAUAACGUCUUUGUUUUCAUCGUAUCGCAGAGAGAGAUGGUGGGUCUAUGGGAGGCAGGGAUCGGGGUGGAAGGAUGGGGGACAUGGGUCCUGAUAAGACGGACAGUGACUGGAGGGCUCGACCAAGUGGAGAGAGUGAGGAUGCACCUCCUCGGAGAGAUGAUGCCUUUGGAGAGAGUGAGUAUUGAGUUUUUACUCCCACUUGGUGCCUAAGGAUUUGUUGACAGUUUUGGAGUCUAAGGAGUAUCAACAAAUCCAAAAUCUGAAAUCUACUGAUGCUGCCCAGUUUUCAGUUUUUUUUAACAUGCUAACCCUCUUUUGUUUACCCAAAUUGAUGACUUUUUGUGUGCAGUUAGAGCUCAGUGGGAUCAACAGAUAUUUGGCAAAAGAUUUUAACAGUUCCUACAAAAUAACUAUUCCUGCAGGAUCACGGGACCGUUAUGAGUCAGAUCGUUACAGAGAUGGGCCAAGACGGGACAAUGACCGCUAUGAUGGUGGAAGAGACCGCUACCGAGAUCGCUAUGACGACAGGGACCGCAGAGACUACGACAGAGGUGUGUCUUUCUGCCUAUUGUGAUGGGAUUCAGAUACCAAUCGUGAAUAUAGCUGUAAUUUUAAACCCAUCUCUGUCUGUUUUCUUUCCCCCGCCCUCUUUCUGUCAUUCUCCCAGGUUAUGACUCUCGUGGAGGUGGAGGAGGUCGUCGGGCCUUUGGCAGUGGCUUCCGUCGAGAUUACGAUGACAGUCGGGGUAGUAAUGACCGCUAUGGGGACCGGGAUCGUUAUCCUGAACGCGAAGACCGGUUCGAAAGACGGGAUGAAAGGCGUGAGGAGAGAGGUAAAUAAAGUUUACAUUAAUCCAGCACUGUUUAUGAACUGAUCAUCACCAUGGUUUCUAAUAUAAGUUCACAUCAUUGUACAAAUAGUAGUGAUGUGAUUUUACACCUCCCUUGAGAAUCUGUAGUUGAGCAAACCUUCACCAUCUGCUUUUUUAUCAUCCUUCAUGUUCUCACUCCAGCCCCUCUGCAGAGACCCAAGUUGAACCUUAAACCUCGUAGUGUGCCCAAGGAGGAGGAGGGUAGCAGCACUGGAGGUGGAGGUGGAGGUGGAGGUGGCACAUCCCCAGCUGCUACUGCCCCAUCCUCUGGCAGCAGGGCUUCAUCUAUCUUUGGUGCAGCCAAACCGGUUGACACGGCAGCCAGGGAGAGAGAGGUGGAGGAGAGGCUGAAGAAAGAAGAGGAGAGGCUGCAGCGGCAGCUCGAAGAGGACAAAGGCCGAGGUCCUGAGAGGAAGAUGAGAGACAGGUCAGAGUUUGGCAUGAAUGCUCAUCACAAAGUAUUCACCUGAAUGGUGACGGCUUCACUUUGACGUUUUAUAAAGUACAGUUUUGAAAUGUUCCAGUGGAGUAUUAGUUGUUUUUCCUAGGAGCCAAUUUGAAGGAGAGCUGUAAAUUCAGCACACUCAUGAUUCAGAGACAGAAUAGACAGCUGUUAAAACACAACUAGAAAUUCAUCUCAAAAACAGUGCUUGCAUACAGACCAUCUGCCAAAGCUGACUCAUGGUCAGAAAAGUCAUUGUUCCCCUUCAACUGUUCAGCCUAGCAGUAACACUGAUGUUCUUUAAGCAGUACCAGCAAAGCAAGUUUUGUCCCUCUCAUAACUUUCAUCUUCUCUGAAGUCCUGGAAGUUUUCAGGCCCAUGUAAGCCGUGAGCCUUUUCUAUUUUCAGGGACCCAAGCUGGCGCAACGAGGAGCCUCAUACUGAGCGAUCUCGCACAGGGAGUGAGUCUUCACAGCAUGGAAGCACUUCUUCUGGAAGAGGUGAGAUACCUGUGAUGUACUGAGCAGAGCUUUGAACAGGAAAGGUAACUCUUCUGUGUGACCAUGAAUAUCUUUUCCCACUUCUUUUUUUUUUUUCUUUUCUUUUUUUUAUAAACGAAACACUUUUUCAGGGUAUUGACAAGGUCUUAAAAAGUCUUCAACUGUCUAAAAUCCAACAAUUUGAAUUGAAGGCCUUAAAAUGUGUCAAAUUCUCUUAAAAUUUCAUAAAAUGUCUUAAAUGUGAUUUUGUAAGGUCUUAAACGUAUUAAUUUUACGUACAAAUAAACAACAUGCUAACAAAUAAAGAUUGAUUUGAAGUAAUGGAAAAUAUUGCGAUUACCUUUCAUGUCUUUUAUACUUUUUUGCUGGUAUGGAUAUAAAAUGGUUCUUCAAUUGUUUUCCUUAUGGUUUUUAAAAGGUCUUAAAUUUGACUUGUUGAAACCUGCAGAGACCCUGUUUUUUGUCAAAAGACAUUUCCUCUAUAUCAAAGCUAUUCAACCCUACAGUACUGACACCAGUGCUUCAGUUAGUUCAAACCUUUGAAAUGUCCCGUCGUAGAAGUUGGUCCAAACAUUUCUUUGAGACGAACUGAAAAUGGUGAAUUUCUGAAGAAGAGCUGGAAAACUUCUUUCUUCUUUAUUUUGAAAUAUGAAACAAGGCAUUCCUCUUUUUGCCCACCAGGGUCUAGGUGUCGAGAUAGCGAGCGCUCUGGUGAAAAUGAGGUUUUUAGUGGGAGAGAAGGCGAACCCUCUUCCCCUGGAUCCUCUCCACAUCCUCCACCCUCCAAGGAACCUCUGAAGGUGAUGCCCGCACCUCCUCCAAAGGAAAACGCCUGGGCCAAGAGAAGUGCAGUCAGUACAGGCUCUAGUGAAGGUGAUGGACGACCUCCAACCUCCCCUGUCUCCCCCGGUGGUUCAACUCCUCCCAAACUCAGGUGAGACGUCAUGUAUGCAUGUCAGUAUGAACAGACAUGUCAAGGGCUUAAAAGCUCAAAUUACAACACAAACAUGUCUUUUAAAUGAAGAAUGUGAUAGAAGUUCAAUCAUGGAAGACUUUUGUAUACCAAAUCUGACUGUUCUUACUUUCUUUUUUACUGCCGUAGUUCUGAUGAAACAGGAUCUGGAAAAGGUAAGACCUAUUAGAGUUUUACUGAUUUAACUCAAACCACGUCAAGUGUGUACCAGCCAAGUGUGAAAUGUCAGUUCAAUAAAAUUUAGUUAGCUAGGCUUUGCACACAUCUCUGAAAAAUGCUGAACUAAAUCAAAAGUCUACUCCUGGGUGUAGUUUUUCGUUUCAGCAAGCAACUCUUAUUUGGGACUAAGAUUGUCUGAUCCACAAUCUAGAGUCCUCAUGUUGGUGGGAUUUUGUCUCCAGUUGAUAUAUCCAUCUUGAGUUCAGUGCGGCCGCCCCUGCAGAAACUUGCUCUUGUGUCCUUAUCAAGGUUGAGCAUGCUCGUACUUUUCUGCCAGAAAAAGGCUGCAGGGACCCAAUUCUCAGGGCAGUUUCCAUUUAAAGACUUCUUACUUCUGCGCCGAUAGCUAAGUAGUUUUUAACGAUUGUUUGGUCAUGUAAAGGAGACCAAUCAACAUGUUAGGUGUCUUCCCCCGAUUCAAAUCCUGGAAAGUUCAUGAAAUAUAAAACCUCACUGCACAGGCAAGGAAUCAUGUUAUUUUUGUACUCUUCAAAAUCACAUCAUGUCGGAGGAUUCUUUUGUUUUCAUCGAGGCUGGCUCACUUACAUGAUGAGGUGUGAGAGCAGCUGUUAGUUUUCACACGACUUUUGCAGCUGCAUUGAGGUCAACAAAUUCAACAGAGCCAGAACAUGAUAGGAGCAGGUCAUGAGCUCAACUUCCUCUGGAGUAUAUCGUUACAAGAAGGGCACUAAAAUACUGUAUGUUUCAUUAUGGCUGAAUUCCACAGGAUCUAGAAAAGCUUCCGCUCCAGGAUGGCAGGCAGAUCAAAUACGCAAGUAUUAUAAUCAAUGUGUGUGAUCAGAUGAGCUAUGAAGGGCUUCUGUUUUUGCCAGACGCCGCAGCACAACGCAGUGAUUCAGUGCAGCGCAGCACGAGCGGUUGCAGAAGUUGUUUGCAGCUACAGAGUAAAAUAUCCGGUUAAUUUUCAAAAUAAAAUAAAGUCAGUACGUUGAACUUGAUAAUACGAGAGGCCAGGGUUGUGGGAUGUGGGUGUUUAUGUGCACCGCCAAUCUCAUUCAAUGUCUCAACAUUCAAGAUCUCGUCCAGUCAUGCGAGAAAUAUCCAUAAUAUCACAAGCGCUUCUCCUCCGCUUGCUGCAGCGGAUCGGAUCCACUAGGUGCUGUAUGCCUAGGUAUUUGAUCCGCCUGCCAGUCCGGAGCGGAUCCUGUGGAAUCCUCGAGUUAGUCUGCAAGAACAACUCAAAGUGACCAAUUAGUUCAGAUCUUUUUACACUUGAGGGACUCGGGACAUCCAGGUAAAUGUGACACACCUUUCACUACCCUCAGUCGAUGUCUGGGCAGACAUUUUUUUGUGUGUGUUGGAAACCUUCAGGGCAACUUUAGGUCAAACUUCAACUCUGAGGAAAUGAACAGGCUGAGCGUUCAUGUCAGAUGUUGUACACCUCUCAUUUGGCCCUCCAUCAGUGACUAACACGUUUUGAAUCCAACCCAGUGGCCUCUGAUGCUGCAGUGUGUUGUGAGUGUAGUCUACUGCCUAAAAGUCCACAAACCUCCCUUCACUCAACUGUCUGGCUUCUCCUUUAAGAUGAGAACAAGGCUGACGGUGUGCGUCGGGACCGGGGGCCCCCACGGGCACGAGGGGGGCCUGCAGGGCCUGGAGCAGGGCGGGGCCGAGGAGAGGGGCCUAACAAAGACCGAAGAAAGGAGGCAGACAGGUCAGCCAUCCAUAGCUAGCCAUACCAAAGGGAACACAUUUAGUGGGCAUCUGUAAAGAAUGGCCUAUGCUCAGUUUCACAACUGAUCACUCAGGAAAAACAAGGAUUUCAAGUGAAAUGCAAAAGAAACAGAAAUUUGGCCAAUUUUUAAAUUGAAUUUGGCGUUUCCUUUGGAAAAAUCAAGACUGAGCACAGUGUGAACUGGAUGCCAAACAGCUUAAUAAUGUUAAACUUUCAGACAAUGAGAUUGAGCAUAAUUUGUGGUGCUCCUUUUAGCAAAUUUUAUUAGCUUAUUUUUAACCUCAGUGUUCGUUCAAAUUUUAGAAAGGAUAACAGAAGAGACCGAGACUCCAGACCACCCCCAGAGCCAAAGAAAUUUGAAGAAACCCCAACCCCUGUAAGUCCUUUACUGACAAGGUGUGGCCGGGCAUUAAAUUGACCUGAACUGAUUCCUCCGGGUUUCCCUAAAGCCUCAAGUAGUUCUAACACAGCCUGAAGUUCAUAGUAGUUGGUGAAUAAACUGCUUUUCAUCAAACAUUAGAUGAUGGAUCAUGAUCUUUCUGGCUUAUUGAGAAAGUCGUUGUCUUUUUCCCCAUUAAGCCUGUCUAUCACGUAUACAACGCCACUCUUCUAACCCAGGUCUUGUUAUGUUUUGUUUGUGCAGAAGUUCAGCUCAGCCAGUAAAUACGCCGCUUUGCUAAUGGAUGGAGACCAAGGAGACGAUGCAGAGGACGUAGAAUAGAGAGCAAAUAACAAAACAAGGCCUGAAAGCGCAAGAAAAAGAAGAAGAGGAGAAAACAACGAAUGCAGAAAAAAGUAAUCUCACAUAGCUUAUGAAAAAAAUCUCCUCACAUGGAAGCGGCUCCAGGGAGGACACGACUCCCUCCCUUUCUUUUCCUUCAGCAAACCUGUCCUUAAACUUUACUUUCAAGACACCCACCCCUCCCCCUCCACCCCACCUUCUGGACUAUUCAGGUUUGAAAGAAUAGUCACUGGACUUGUUUUAAAUGGAAAAAAGGUGUAGCUGACACAUGGAAUAAUCAUGGAUGAAAUUGAAUAAUUGUAAUAAAUAAAUGGAAAAGGUGGGGAAAAAUGAUUCUGUAUAUUUGUGGGUCACAGGUGUGGUGAGACUGAGUUAGAGGAUAGAAGGUGAGAAUUAUUACUAAGUGGUACCUUCUUAAUUUUUUAUUUUUUACCUUUUUACUCAGUUACUUGAUUUAAUCCUGGAUUGAAUGUCCAGUUAUCCAUUAUAUAAACCCUUUUUAUUAUUGAGUGAAUCAUUUAAUCUCAUUGAAACUUAUUCACAAAAAUCCCGUCUUCCAAUACUAACAGUCGUGAUUGCUUUUAUUGGAUAUAAUCUUGCAAACACUUGUCAGUCAUGUAUACAACAAGCAAAAACGUCCUCUAAACUGAUUGAUACAGUAUUGCCAUAAACCAUAAAGUGAUGCGAGGGAAAAAAAAGAAAACAUUUUAAUGGAGUGUCCUGUGUGUGAAGAUGGACAGAAAAUAUCACCACUUCACUAUUCCCACUUGAAGUGCCAUCCUAGGUCGAUGUACAGAUUCUGUUUCUCUAUUUCUACUCUGAUAAAAUCAUCAAAUUAAAGGCUUAUGGAGGCUGUUUCCAGUCAUCUUCAAAACUU